AAGUUUAUAAUUGUGACGAAUUUUAAAAUAUUUUUUAUGGCUAAUGACAAAAUUACCACAGACCGUUAGUUUCAUGUGUUUUCCAGAAAAACAUGAUGAAAUAAACAUCAAUUAUUUGUGUUUUUAUGAAAAUAUAAUUAAUUUUUAAAAUGUUAAAUCCGUGCAUCGACUAAUCACGAAAUUAAUAAAUAUUACAUAAACAAUCCAACAACAAUUUACUUAUUAAUUAUUUUUAUAUGCACAAUUAUUCUAUAAAUACAUUUAACAGUACACAACGGUAAGCCUCAUCUAAUGUUUUUUCUGUCUAAUUUAAACAUUUUUUUAAUUUGAAUUACACAACACUUAAAAAAUAAUUUGUUAAUGAUUUGAAUCGGUCGUACCGGCAUUAUUGGCAGUACAUUUCUUAUGGCGCCCCUACCACACCUAGCGGUAAAUUUCAAGUAUAUCGAAAAAUAAAAGUUAAUAAAAUUUUACGCGAUUAUAUUAUCAUCAUUGAGACCUUGACCCAAUCAUACGUUUUGUGCUUUUUAUAUUACAUAUAGAAAAUUUAGAUAAUUUAUUUUUUACUGGUACCGUUUGAAACAACUACGUUAAUUUAACUUUUAUAUUUUCAUACCUUAUGGAAGUAAAUGUGUUAUAAUACAUUUUUUUUUAGCUGCGCUUAUUUAAAAUGGGUAAUUUUCCUUAAUAUUACUUAUUGAUAACUUCUGGAACACCAUAACUCAUUACCAUUUGACCAUAGUAACCGUAUUGCAGUUAAUCUUUCUGGAAAAAUGUCCAUAGAAGAGACCCUAAAGCCAAUUCACAUCGCCUUGAUGUGUUGCGGUCUUCGACCACCAAGCGACCUAAAAGGCACACGGAAUAAAUUGUUCGCCUUGUGCAUCACAAUUUUCCUAAUACUCUAUAGUGUCAUUGUUAUAAAAAAUACAGACAAUUCUUGGCAAGCUCACAACAGAAAAAUUUUAUUUUUCAUCCACUACGUGGCACAGGUUUUAUUUUACGUUAACUUUGUAACGAGUGUUUUGUAUUCACCUAAAAUAAAAUCAUGCAUUGCUCAAAUGGACGAGUUGGAUUUAAAAUUGGAAAAACUGGGAGUCGUCAACCAGAAAAGUUAUAAUAAAACCGCUAAACUAAUUAAUAUUUUAGUAUUGAUUUACUUGUUAUACUAUCUGAUAUCAGAUUCUAUUUUGCAAGUCAUUUUUUAUGAGGACGAUUUUUUUGUGUUCGCCCUACAAACUGUUGCCUUUACGAUUAAUCUCGUGAAGACAUUUUAUUCAGCCAACAUACUGGUGGUUUUGUUUAGAAGAUACAGUUCUCUGAGCACGUACAUAAAAAACUUUGUAAGUAAUAAAAUGAAGAACACCUUUCCACCACAAAAAUUAAAAUUAAACGAAUGCAUUAGCAUUUAUGAGAGUUUUGUCAGGGUGUCGCAAGAUAUUUUGAUUUGUUUUCAGCUUGGGUUGCUUUUCACACUUGCCUUAGACUCCUUGAAGCUUGUUAACGAACUUUACAUUGUGUUUCGAGUGGAUGAUAUACAAAUACAAGAUUAUAUUAUUGUCUGGAACAAGAUAAUUUUUAAUGCGUUUAACAUUGCACUCGUCGUUUUUCCUUACUACUUUACAGAGUCAAAGGCUUUAGAAGUCAUAGAAAAUUCGUCUUUAAUGUUAAUGAACAACAACCUAGUCAAUGCAGAUAUUACAGGAAAGUAUCUGCAUAUGCAAAUUGUAAAACUUAAAUUUAGUAUCCUUGACUUUCUACCUUUAGACAUGUCUGCACUGGUAACGUUGUCUGGAUCUAUAGCCGCUUAUACCAUUAUUACCCUACAAAUGAUCACAAACUCUUCGAGGAAGGUCAAUAGAAUUGAAUCCACGAGAAUCAGGACAGAAAUGAAUUUAAAAUAGUUUAAACUUUAUUUUUAAAUAUGAUGAAUGUCAAUAGCAACAUAAGUUGUUCAUGGAUUAGGUUAGUGUAAAACAAGAAUUUAAUUUCAAGCUAGUUUUUUAUCUCUUGUAAAAAAUUUAAGGGCGAGUUCAAAUCUCACUAAUAAUUAUUUUAAUGCGGAAAUAUACGAAUCUUUAAGAGCUCCCAGUGGUUGGGCGCCGAUUAAGAUUUCACAAUUACAGAUAAAAUAAAUGAUCUUUAUAAUUAACACGUUGAUUAUUCACUGUUAACAAGUAAUGUUACACACCCAGGACACACUCACACACACACAGAUGCAGAACUGGUUGCCGUUAGAUGGCUUUUGAGUAUAGAAAACCAUUUGAGUGAUUAUAUACUUAGAGACAUUGAGAAAGGAACACAUGGCUCCAGUGGUCAGAUAUCGUUAAUUUUUGGUAUACAAUUUAGGGUAAUACAGAGUAGAAAAUGAAAAAUUCAGACAAAAAUAUUUAAGAUUUUGAUCAGAAUUAUUAUUUUUUAAGUAAUAAUGAGUUGACUCUCCAUAAUAAGAUUAGCAUUGAUCUAAUGAGGUGAUGAUCAGUCAUCUCCUGCCUCUGAUGUCCCCCAGUUGUUCAGUCGAUGAUAAGUCGUAAGAUCUUGCUAGUAAUGAUAACAAUUUUACAUUAGAAUGUUGGAAACACUCCAAAGUGUUAGAAAACUGAAUUUUGAGGACUCUACCAAAAAAAAAGAUAAUUCCACACAUCUUCACAAAAUAUUUUGGAUUUCGCCUUCCUCCGCAAUGAACCACUAGUUAGGAAUGGUACGAGUCGUCACAAAAUGAUUCUCUUCUCUUCUCUUCUUCAGACCAUCCCCUCUAACAAUUCUAGACAUUGCUUUAACUCCGGUUCA